CUCUCGGGUAACAAAAACAGAUCUCCAUCUCCUUAGUUUCUCAGUCUUCAUUUUCCCCAACUUUUUUCAGGGGAACUUCAAAUCCUCACACGAUUUUGUUCUUAAUUUCGAUUUCCUCCUCAAAUGAAUUUUCGAAGGCUGAUUUCAUCGAUUCUAACUGAAGGCUGAUUUCUUCAAUUUCGUGUGAUUUCCUUGAAUUCGUUGAUACGUUCUCCUCUUAUUUAUGUUUGUCCACUAUUGAUUUCGAUUUCUAUCUUAAGUUGUGAUUGAUGUUUGUUUCGUAACUAUUACUCAAAGUGUUCUUCAUCAAUAGCGAAUUACUAGAGUUAAGUUUACUAAUCUGUAGAUCUCGUCUAGAUUGUGUGAAGUUAAGGUUUUAGAAGCGUUCAUCUCCUGCGAUAAUCAACUCAGAGCGACAAGAUCCAGUCUAGAUUAUUUAGGUCAUGUAUUUUGAUCGAUCGGGUGCUUGGUUUAUGGUACUAUUAGCAUCGGAAAUUUUGGUUGUAGGUCAUAGGAAAAUGGAGGCGCUAAGAAAGAAAGCAGAAGAAAAUGGUGUCGUAGAAUCACUUCAGCAACUAGAUGGUGAUAGUUAUUCCCAAACUAUUGGACCUGACAAACGAGGACGAUAUCGCGGUGUUGGGAACUGCAUCAAACCCAAGAAAAGAUCCAGGGGAGAAUGUUCAAGUACCAGCAACACUGAUGACAUGAUUAAGGAUUUACAAGAACAUAUUGUGGUCAUAGAUCAGGAUCGUGAAGAAUUGCGAAAGGUGAAUGAGGGCUUGAUAAAGAGCAGCGAAGAGACGAACACAAAGAUGGACAAGUUGUUGGAAAUAAUUAAACUUAUCUCUCCUAAUCAGGAUGUUGCUGCAAUGAUAUCAGCCAUCUAAUUAUAAUCUCGAAAGCUUAUCUGAUGCUUGGUUGCUGUCGGGGGUUUUAAACUUUGGAAUGGAGGUGAUUCUAAAGUAUACAUACAUAUGGUUUUGUAAAGGAGGUGAUUUUAGCAAAUACAUUGGUAGUUUAUUACUUCAGAAAAAGUACUUGAUAUGUAGAGUGCCUUGGCAGAAUUCUGGUAUUUUGACAAAUAUUUGUCUUAUAAUUUAUGAAGUUCUUUAAUACUUCAGAUUUUGGUACUUUUCCAGAAACAAAUUGUCAAAUUGUUACAUUGAGAAUGAAUGAAAAAUAUAAUCUUGUUCUGAAUUUCUAGU